AUGACAGCGACGAAGAAGCGUGCCGUUGGAAAGCAGGCAGAGCCACAGCCUGUCGGCACCAUUGUGCCAGUGAACAACCCAACUUUGCUGAAGAUUGCAGAAGGGAUGAAGCUGCUGGUCUCAUGUUCUUGUAGGUUUGCAUUGACAGAUGUGAGAAGCAAUAGACCCAUGAUGUUUCAGCAAAGGCUCCCCCAUGUCGUGGAAUUCAUGAAGAACAUCAGCCCGGCAACACCAGCGGGAGGAAUCCAGGAGUUCAGCCUGGACGAUUACAGGGCGAGCAUGAAAAGCGUGCAAAACUACACAUGUGUGGUGCCUGUGACGGCGAUUCCUCCUUAUGCAACGGUGCACAGCGGCCUCAUCCCCAGCCUCGCGUCCAUCAAGAAUGUCCAGGACACUUUCUGGUCAGAGGAAGGCCCGGGACAGCUGAUGUUCUCAGAGAGCAUCAGUGUGGUGGCUUGGAGCGCGAAUGAGCGCCCGGGCGAGAAGGAGUUGGUUCCUUUGGACAAGGACAGCUACAGGAUGGGGUUCUGGUUUUCGCUCUUCGAAGCGGAGUCGCCGAAUCGCCUGGACGCCUUGAGAUCCAUCUCCGGCUCCAUGCGUGUGACCUUCGUUCUGGUUAGUUCACGAGAAGACAUGGAACGCAAGAGGUGGAAGCUCAGCUCUUCGAGCUCGGCUUUGGCCGAGAACAUGGUUUUGCUUGGGUACAAAAGGCUCCUGGCCAUUUAUGACCUGAAAGAAUCCUUGAAGAGCUGGGGGAAGGACGCCAGUGACCGCGUUUCUGCCUGGCUGGAACGUGAGAAGAUCUACAUGAAGGAGAGCGUCAUCGCAUCCAUCUGCAGGAUUCGAAAAAGGAUGGCCGAGGCCAAGGCCGACAUUGUCAUGGAUCAGGUAGAAGAGAUCUUGAAGGUUGUGGAUCAUCCGUUGGCCAAAACCGGCACUUUGGAGAAGCUGACCAGCAUGACCAAGCUGGCCAACGCUCCCCUGCAGAACGAACUGCUGCUGUUUGUCGUGUCCGCACUCAUGGUCCUCUUCAGGUCCAAGACUCUCGGCCUGGAGGCGACUCGCGAGACGCUGGUGCAGCACGCUCGAGCGGCUCUGCUGGCCAGGAGGAUCAUCAACUACAUGCUGAUGAAGCUGAAGCCGCCCGGCCCCGCGGAGGAGAAUCCCAGAAGCCCUGCCGGUUUCCACAAGAACUUCCUGUCCUUCGAGAACUUUGAGUCCAGUCGGUUGGCGGACGAGUGCUCCGAUCACACGUGGCUGGCAGGGCUGUAUGGCUACCAGCGCGAGGCCCUCCCACAGCUCAAGCAGUUCCUUGUGGGAGAUUUGCAGAUCUACAGCGUGCUCAUCAAGCUGUGUGACAAUGAUCCCCUGGUUCCAGCCGAAGUUGCCCUACAGCAAACGUCUGUCAUGAAGCUGGUGACUUUGAAGGAGCUCCUGGACAUGCGUGAGAAGGAGCUUCGCCCUCCAGAAGAUGAGCCCGCGCCUCCAUCUGAGCCUGCAGAGCCUGCGCCGGUGACCAUCGAAGAGCCGGAGAAGAAGGCAGAGGAGGCAGGCAUCAUCCAGGAGCAAGAGGAGAUUCCCCCCGUCAUGGACGAGGAAGCGCGGGCUCCCAUCCCUGAGCCAGACAAUCGGGCCAUGUUUCCAUCGGUGAUUGUCGCCGAUUUCCAGUUGGACCUGCUGAAGCAGAUGGAGGCCCCGACCUUGGCGAAGAUGAAGACGUAUGCGGACAUGCGUCGGAAACUUAGCAGGGCCACCUAUGUGAAUCUCUCCAUCGUCGGCAACAACAUCACCUCCAUCAAGGGCGCGCUGAUGGAGGCGGCGGCAGGCUGGCCGGCUGGGCGGCGGAUCUUCCAUCUUGACGGGAAGUGCUUUGGGGGGCUCAGUGCUAGCGCUGCAGCCCCCAUGAACUUCUAUCGCCAGUACUUGGCCUUCUUGUUCGACCCGGACAGCGGCGCCUUCAGAGAGGAGGACCUUCUCAUCGUGUCGCCAGGGAACUCGCAAAAGGCCUACGAGGCGGCGAAGCGAGGGGUUCAGAAGUCAGCAAAGGAGCUCUGGCGACAUAUGAAGGCGUCUCCCAUCGUUUGUCAGCGGCGAGGCCUCCAGCAGAUCCGGCUGAUGAACACGAACAAGGAGUACCGCAACCCCCAUCACCCUGUUGGCAAGCAGCGUCUUGGCCUUCUUCUGGUUGUCUCAGAGUCUCAGGACUUCAACUUCUUUGGCUUUCUAUAUGAGCUACAGGAAGGGUUCAGAGUCAGCCAAGGCAAGCAAUGCACGCUUCCAUCCAGGGAAAGGAAGCACUUGGACUUGCCCGGCUGCAGCAAGGACAGUGGCAUCGCCAACCUGCGCAUGAAGACUGUGGACGAGAUGGCGCUGCUGGUCCGCAAGUCCGUCUGGGAGGAGAACUUCUCCAAGGUGCUGGCGGCAAGCACUGAUGAGGGCGGCGACGAGGAGGCCCAGGCCACUGAUACCGCUGCAGAGCCCGUGCUGGAGGGACCGACCGAGGAGGUCGUGCAGUUUUGCCUUUUCGAGAGACCUGAGAUGGUCUGCAGGGAAUGGAUCAAUCUUUUUGGAGAGGAACGCUCACCGCACACUUCGGUGCAGAAGCAAUCCUCCAUCGUGAUCGACUUCUCCCCGGGAGCUGGUUCCAUGGCACUGGCUUGUGCCAGAGAUUUACAUGUCUACUAUGGACUGUGCUUCACAGCGUCGCAGCGGGAUGUGAUCUUUGACUCCAUCCGCCUGACAAUCAUGCUGGAGUUGAUCAUGAACAAAAGGAAUGGGUUUUCUACAAGCCGCUUCCUUUCCAGGGAGCGCUCCCUGGGCGGAACCAGUGCAACGGCUUCCAUGACUUCGCCGGCAGACACUGAUUCCAAGGCACGGUCUUGGACAAACUGA